ACUCGUAUUUCUUGCUCUGCAAAGAGAGGAUUUACAGGCGACACUGCCCCUGCAACUAUUCUGGCACUCAGCGACUUGAGCCUGUUACUAUGGAUAGGGAACACGAUAGUGAUUCCAGUGGUGACUCAUUGUUGCCACUUCUUGUAACUGGUUAUACAAUUCAAUAUUUGAAGCACAAGCGAAGUAUUGAUGAAGACAGUGAUGAUGGAACGACUUCCCGAAUUACAAAACAACCAAUGAAUACACGCCUACUCACAGGUCAUACAUGGGUCUUUGAAUUGCUAAGCCCUGAUAGACCUCCAAGAAGGGUUCGUAGACUAUUUCGUAUGUCUAGGGAGCAUUUCACUGGGUUGGUGUCUGCAUUGAAAGAACGAGGUUUAUUGGCAAACACAAAGAACAUUACAGUGGAGGAACAGUUGUCAAUGGCCAUCUUAAUGAUGGCUCACAAUGUUAGAAAUGAUGUCAUCCAAGAAUUGUUUCAGCAUUCGGGUGAAACAGUGAGCCGUCACUUCCAUAAUGUAUUGGCAGCCCUACGAACAUUCUCUAGAGAGAUGGUACAACCACCCUCAUUUGAGGAGACACCAAUUCAGAUCAAAUCCAAUCAGAAGUAUUAUCCAUUCUUUGCCAAUAACAUUGGUGCAAUAGAUGGAACACACAUAAGCGCGUCAAUUCCACUUGCAAAACAAGUACCAUAUAUAUCUGGUAGAAAAAAUAAAGUUACCCAAAAUGUAUGUGCUGCAUGUUCAUUUGACAUGUGCUUUACCUUCCUUUGGGCUGGCUGGGAGGGUUCAGCACAUGAUAACCGAAUCUUAUGGGAAGCCAUCAACACUCCUCGUCUAAAGUUUCCCCAUCCACCACCAGGAAAAUACUAUCUUGUUGAUUCUGAAUACACACAUAUGCCUGGGUAUAUGGCUCCUUUCAAGAAUGUUCAAUAUCAUUAACAUGAUUUUAGGCAUACAAGACCACAAGGAGCUGAGGAGUUAUUUAACUUUACACACUCAUCAUUAAGAAUCGUUAUUGAAAGAUCAUUUGGCGUCUUGAAGAAGCGUUUCCCCAUUUUGAAGACGAUGCCCACAUAUAGUUUCAAGACA